AUCACGCUUAUCCCAGUACCAAAAUUUGUCCAUUCUAACGCAAGGGUGCGUGGCAUACUUGUGGAUCAGCUGUUCCACCAGUGCAUCAGCAUUGUAACCAAACCACUGAAGGCAGCUGCCAAAAUGGGCAUCAUGAUGAAUGGCCCUGUUGGCAAUAGCAGGUAUUGCUUCAUGCCCUUGAUUUCCUAUGUUGCAGAUACUCCUGAGGAGCUCCUGGUUGCCUGUGUUUGCAGCAAUGUGUCUCCUGUCACCACCGCCACCCGAGAUCAGUUCGGG